CUAGUCUCCAAGCGCGGCUUCGGCUGGUGUUUUGCGCAUGUUUCUGCCAGCACCUGGAUCCUGGCGGUAGUUCUGCGCAUGUCCACUGCCCACUGUUUGGCUUCACGGAACCCUGUACGCAUGCUCCUACGCUGAACUUUAGGAGCCAGUCUAGGGCCUAGGCGCAGACGCACUGAGCCUAAGCAGCCGGUGAUGGCGGCAGCGGCUGUGGUGGCUACGGCGGGUCCGGGCCCAUGAGGCGACGAAGGAGGCGGGACGGCUUUUACUCAGCGCCGGACUUCCGAGACAGGGAAGCUGAGGACAUGGCAGGAGUGUUUGACAUAGACCUGGACCAGCCAGAGGACGCGGGCUCUGAGGAUGAGCUGGAGGAGGGGGGUCAGUUAAAUGAAAGCAUGGACCAUGGGGGAGUUGGACCAUAUGAACUUGGCAUGGAACAUUGUGAGAAAUUUGAAAUCUCAGAAACUAGUGUGAACAGAGGGCCAGAAAAAAUCAGACCAGAAUGUUUUGAGCUACUUCGGGUACUUGGUAAAGGGGGCUAUGGAAAGGUUUUUCAAGUACGAAAAGUAACAGGAGCAAAUACUGGGAAAAUAUUUGCCAUGAAGGUGCUUAAAAAGGCAAUGAUAGUAAGAAAUGCUAAAGAUACAGCUCAUACAAAAGCAGAACGGAAUAUUCUGGAGGAAGUAAAGCAUCCCUUCAUCGUGGAUUUAAUUUAUGCCUUUCAGACUGGUGGAAAACUCUACCUCAUCCUUGAGUAUCUCAGUGGAGGAGAACUAUUUAUGCAGUUAGAAAGAGAGGGAAUAUUUAUGGAAGACACUGCUUGCUUUUACUUGGCAGAAAUCUCCAUGGCUUUGGGGCAUUUACAUCAAAAGGGGAUCAUCUACAGAGACCUGAAGCCGGAGAAUAUCAUGCUUAAUCACCAAGGUCAUGUGAAACUAACAGACUUUGGACUAUGCAAAGAAUCUAUUCAUGAUGGAACAGUCACACACACAUUUUGUGGAACAAUAGAAUACAUGGCCCCUGAAAUAUUGAUGAGAAGUGGCCACAACCGUGCUGUGGAUUGGUGGAGUUUGGGAGCAUUAAUGUAUGACAUGCUGACUGGAGCACCCCCAUUCACUGGGGAGAAUAGAAAGAAAACAAUUGACAAAAUCCUCAAAUGUAAACUCAAUUUGCCUCCCUACCUCACACAAGAAGCCAGAGAUCUGCUUAAAAAGCUGCUGAAAAGAAAUGCUGCUUCUCGUCUGGGAGCUGGUCCUGGGGACGCUGGAGAAGUUCAAGCUCAUCCAUUCUUUAGACACAUUAACUGGGAAGAACUUCUGGCUCGAAAGGUGGAGCCCCCCUUUAAACCUCUGUUGCAAUCUGAAGAGGAUGUAAGUCAGUUUGAUUCCAAGUUUACACGUCAGACACCUGUCGACAGCCCAGAUGACUCAACUCUCAGUGAAAGUGCCAAUCAGGUCUUUCUGGGUUUUACAUAUGUGGCUCCAUCUGUACUUGAAAGUGUGAAAGAAAAGUUUUCCUUUGAACCAAAAAUCCGAUCACCUCGAAGAUUUAUUGGCAGCCCACGAACACCUGUCAGCCCAGUCAAAUUUUCUCCUGGGGAUUUCUGGGGAAGAGGUGCUUCAGCCAGCACAGCAAAUCCUCAGACACCUGUGGAAUACCCAAUGGAAACAAGUGGCAUAGAGCAGAUGGAUGUGACAAUGAGUGGGGAAGCAUCGGCACCACUUCCAAUACGACAGCCGAACUCUGGGCCAUACAAAAAACAAGCUUUUCCCAUGAUCUCCAAACGGCCAGAGCACCUGCGUAUGAAUCUAUGACAGAGCAAUGCUUUUAAUGAAUUUAAGGCAAAAAAGGUGGAGAGGGCGAAUGUGUGAGCAUCCUGCAAGGUGAAACAAGACUCAAAAUGACAGUUUCAGAGAGUCAGUGUCAUUACAUAGAACACUUCGGACACAGGAAAAAUAAACAUGGAUUUUGAAAAAUCAAUCAAUGGUGCAAAAAAAAAACUUAAAGCAAAAUAGUAUUGCUGAACUCUUAGGCACAUCAAUUGAUUCCUCGCGACAUCUUCUCAACCUUAUCAAGGAUUUUCAUGUUGAUGACUCGAAACUGACAGUAUUAAGGGUAGGAUGUUGCUUCUGAAUCACUGUUGAGUUCUGAUUGUGUCGAAGAAGGGUUAUCCUUUCAUUAGGCAAAGUACAAAAUUGCCUAUAAUACUUGCAACUAAGGACAAAUUAGCAUGCAAGCUUGGUCAAACUUUUUCCAGCAACAUGGAAUCAAAGACAAAAGAAACUUACCAAUUGUUGUUUUACGUGCAAACAACCUGAAUCUUUUUUUUAUAUAAAUAUAUAUUUUUCAAAUAGAUUUUUGAUUCAGCUCAUUAUGAAAAACAUCCCAAACUUUAAAAUGCGAAAUUAUUGGUUGGUGUGAAGAAAGCCAGACAACUUCUGUUUCUUCUCUUGGUGAAAUAAUAAAAUGCAAAUGAAUCAUUGUUAA